UACUUCCGCUUCCGGCGCUCGGGUGCUCCAGGACCAAAAUGGUGGCUGCGGCGAUAGCUGCGUCCCGGGUGUCUCGGCUGCUAGGCCGGCCCCGCCCGGAGGCGGGGCGGCUUAUGUCGAGUGGCGCCCACGGCGAGGGCUCAGCUCGCAUGUGGAAGGCCCUCACCUUCUUCGUGGCGCUCCCGGGGGUGGGAGUGAGCAUGCUGAAUGUGUUCCUGAAGUCGCACCACGGAGAGGAGAGACCCGAGUUCAUCCCCUACCCCCACCUCCGCAUCAGGACCAAGCCCUUUCCGUGGGGAGAUGGCAACCAUUCGCUAUUCCAUAACCCUCAUGUGAAUCCGCUUCCAACCGGCUAUGAAGAUGAAUGAAGAGAACCUGGACCGUUAUCACCCAGGCAUCCGGGAGCAAAGCUCUGACUUGGACCAUUACUCCGCACUCGGACCAGAAAAGCGUAUGGGACCUUAAGCUCACCUUCCUUACUUGUAUCACAUGAUGACCAUCAUACUGAUUUUCCAUCCCUUUGCUUGUGGCAAGAGAUGGCUUAAAUAAAUAACUUAGACUCGGAUUGGUCAUAAUCUGAAA